AUGAUUAUUUCAACUCCUUUGAGGUCCAAAAUCCUUAGCCGCGCCCGUUCAUCUACCUUGCCCUCGAAAUCACACCCUCUAAUCCCUCUAUUCGACGUGCAUUUCAACGCGUUAAAAUCCAAUCUCGAUUCAGUCUCCUCGACUUCUCUACCGUUGAUCGCCACACAAUUACAAAACCUCGACAAGUUAUACGAUUGUGUGGACGAUUUACUCCUUUUGCCCCACACGAGCCUACUUUUCGCCCGAGUCGAUAAACGGGCCGGCAAAAUCUUGGACGGUUAUCUCAACCUCGUCGACAUUUGUGCCACGACGAAAGAUUUACUCUCACUUUCGAAAGAAUGCAUUUCAAGCCUCACUUUCGCGCUUAGGCGAAAACGAGACUCGGCCAAUAAUCUUUUCGAGUUCGUGAUCACCUCAAGAAACUCAAUCAAGAAGAAGAUACGAACUUUGCUGAAAAAAUUCGGCACUUUCAAGAAUAAGUCCUCUGUUUCGGCACAGGGCAAAGAUCUUCAGGAAACCAUUGCCAUCAUUAGCAUGCUAGAAAAAACCGAGCUUAUAACGCUCGAAUUGUUCGAAUCUUUGUUGUCAAGCGUGGCCGGUGUAAAGAGACAUUAUUCGAGACCGAGCGAUUGGUUGCUUGUUUCGAAGCUCGUAAAAUCAAGGAAAAAACCGGACGAACAAUAUUUCAAAAGUAUGAAUCUUGAAUUUAGAGAUUUCGAUGAUGCAUUGCGUAAAGUGGUCGGUUAUCGGGUGUCGAAAUGCGAAAGCUCGGAAAUCGAGGGGUUGCAGAUGAAGUUGAGAGAGAUGGGUUUAAUUGUUCAUGUUAUUGAGGAGAGAUUUGAGAGUUUGUUUAAGCGUUUGAUUAAAUUUAGAGUUUCACUGCUCAAUAUUCAUAGUCAGCACAGUAGUUGA